GGAGAUCACAAGGACAUUCCUGUGAAAGGAAAAAGGCUGGUUGGUUCUCAUGAAGGGCCCGUGCCUUGGUCUAAGAAGCCAUUAAGGAAAAGGAGCAGAACAGUGAAGGAAGAGAGAAAAAUGGGCAGGAUAAAGACAAACAAUGUUUCUAAGGCAUCCGGCUCCACCACUAAAGAAGAAGGCAAGGAGGUUGGUUCUUAUAAAGGACUUGUUUCAUUGUCUGAGGAGGCACCAAUACGCAGGAGGAGAAACAAGAACGUAGAGAAUCAGCAAACGAAAAACAAGUCUAAGAAGUAUUCAGAGGCAGUCGACUCCUUCAGUAGAAAAGCAAGCAAGGAGAGCCCAAUGAAAAGGAAAAGAUUGGUGGUUUCUCAUAAAGAACCUGUGCUUCAGUCUGAGGAAACACCGGGAAAAAAAUGGAGAAGAAAGAAAGAAAUGAAAGGAACACAGCCUGUGAGAAGAAAGAACCCUUAUCGAAAAGCAAAGUUUUUUGGACGCUACACUGUGGAAAAGAAGCUGGGAAAAGGGGGCUUUGGUGAGGUCUAUGAAGGUAGUCGAAAAACAUUUAUGAAAAAGGUGGCUAUUAAAUUUGUGUUCAAGGCUAAAGAUGACACUUAUAUCACCCUUCCUGGUGAGACACGCCAACUCCCUCGUGAGGUGGCCCUAAUGGAGCUUGUGUGCAAACCUCCUCACUGUCCGUAUGUGAUAAACUUGCUGGAAUGGUUCGAGACACCCUCUGAAUAUAUCUUAGUCCUGGAGCGGCCUGACGCCUGCAUCGAUCUCCACAGUUACUGUAGACAUGAACGCAACAGAGUGUCUGAACCUCUGGCUCAAGUCAUCAUGAAACAAGUCAUUUGGGCUGCAUGUCACUGCCGCGACCGGGGAGUGGUCCAUCGAGAUAUCAAGGAAGAAAAUAUUCUCCUCAAUCCACAUACGCUUGAAAUUAAGCUGAUUGAUUUCAGAUGUGGUGAUUUGCUCAAGGACGCCCCCUAUGAGUCAUAUGCGGGCACUUUCUCGCCACCUGAAUGGAUCAUUAGAAGUGAGUUCAUUGCAGAACCUAGUAUUGUCUGGGGCCUGGCUGUGCUCCUGUAUAGCCUGUUGUGUGGAAGGGUGCCUUUUUAUGAUUCCGGAGAAAUUGUGGAAGGCCGUCUGCACUUCCCUCGUUAUCUGUCUGAAGCUUCCUGCAAUCUGAUAAGGUGGUGUCUGGAAAAGGAUCCUCGAAAACGACCAACAUUUGAGCAGAUCCUGUCACAUUACUGGUUUGGGGGAAAAGUUAUUAUAAACAACAAAUAUACACCUAAAUAUAGUCAGCUAACUAAUGCAAAAUCAGUUUGUCCAGUGAAGGAAUAGAUGGAUAGAAAGAAAGGUGCCAGAAAACCUGGUGCACCACA